CACAAUUUUAUCCAUGGGGUAUAGUACAACACUCUAUAUUUAACAUAUUUUAUGUUAUAUUAAGAUUUUAUCUCAAUUUAUCAACGAAUAAGGACAUUUACAAUAUCCCUGUAAACAUUAAGGUUUCUAACGGCUUUUUUGAAAUCGGAAUCGACCGAAAGGGAACAAAAACUUGAACUCCCGAAAUGUGUUAUAUAAACCUUCACACACACUACCAAACAAGAUGACAUAUAUGAUACGAUAUAAACAAUGUGUAAAAAAGCAGUGUGUACUGCUAAAUAAAUUAUCAAACGCAAGUUCCACAAGGAUAGAAGUGUAUUAAAUAAGCUUAGUGUAGAUAGAUCAUUUUGAAAUGGCUUAUUUGUAAGGAAAACAACGCGCUGUACAGGUUUAACAUGGUGUAUGUAUUGAGAAUCGAUGAGAUUCAUCCCACGAAUACAACACGCAGCGCAUAGAGUCGAUCACGUAAAAAUCGAUGACAACAAUCACGUUCAACAACAUUCGCGCACGUUGUUUUUAAAUCAGCCUUUUUAUUGGAAAAACUCCCAAUCAAGCUUAAUCAAUGGUCAGCUAAGGUACUAUAAACUCAAGCGAUACGAAUCUUUAUAAAAUGGCCAGCACAAGUAUGGCCAGGGGUAGGAAACCCCCAACUAAUUCUAUCCCAUCCAAAAGUAACCAUAUGGAUACGGAAAGUGACGAACAGGAGUAUACAGCCCUCAGCCGAAAGCUACAAAGUAAGGUAGAAGCUUUGAAAAUAAUGCGCUACGAGCUGGAGAAAUGUCGUACAGAGCGUGACCAGUUCAAACUGAUGGCCGAAACGAUACAGCUUCGGUAUUCUGCCAUCAAGAACAGUUUAAACGCACCCGACUUUCAAGCGGCCGGAUUCGGAAACAGUUCGGCCGUUAGUCUGCUGGUCAAACAAACAAGGGAACGGAACGAGGCACUAACGACCGAGGUGGAAUCGCUCAAGCAGCGCCUAUACGAUCUCGAGGGUGACAUCAAAGUGGUGCGAGCAAGAAACGUUGAGCUGCAGGACACCUGUACCAAGCUAAGGGCCACCAAUGAUUCGCUUUUAACAACCAACGGCGACAAAACGUGGCAGGCCGAAAAAUCGCAACUCAUCGCCCAGCUCGAACAGUUGCGAAAGCGCAACGCACAGUUGCAGUACGACUUUCGAUCGCUGCUGGAUGAAAAGGAAGAAACGGUGACGGAACGAGACGCCUACAAGUGCAAAGCCCACCGAUUAAACCACGAACUGAACGUUGCCCUGAGAGGGGCUGGGAGUGGUGCCUCACAGACCCUGCUGGAUAUCGAUGGGCUGAUACUGGAGAAUAAAUAUCAAACGGAAAAGAUCGCCAACAUCGAGAACGAACUAAGUCUGGCACGGCAAGCGGCCAGCAAAUAUAAGUCGAUGCUCGAAACGAACCGGAAGAAAGGCAUUAUUAAGCUUGGUACUAACAACAAUAACAAAACGAUCAUGUCCCAUUCGCAAGUAAAACACUUGCUAGAGAAUGGAACCGUUGAUGAGCUCCCACUUAAAGCGGCUACAAUUUCCGAUCUGAAAUCACUCUGCCUAGCACUGCUGGACAAUGUGAACGACAAAAGUCUCGCCCUCUCGCAUCAAAAGAAGACAAAUAAGUUGCUAGCUACUAAAAUAGCUGAACUAGAGCGUCACAUUAAGACGCUAGCUGGUAGUGAUGACCGGACAACGAUGGCUAGCCUAUCGCCUUCACAGUACCUACUGAAUGGGUACAGUUCGGCUACAGUUGAUCAGGACCAAGAUGGUGAUAUUAUCGUUCGGCACCGUAACGAAACGUCUGAACCCACACUAGAAGCGAACGGAACCCUGGAGGGUAAUAGUUCCAGUGGACCAUCGCAUAGUGGACAGCGUACGGAACCACUCUCAUCGAGCUCGAAUAAAAGUUGCGUACUGAGUUGUUCCGAUGACGAAGAGGAUGAUGAUGUAGCCGGUCGCUGCACGGGCGAUAGUGCGACAACGUCAAACAUCUCCAAUACGGAAGAAUUGCAGGCUGCGAUUGAGCAACUGGUGGCGUCUGUCGAACGUGAUCUUCAAACCGAUGAACAGUUACCUCAACUGCCGGACGAUAUCGCAGCUCUGAUCGAACAGUUUAAGGAAACGGCAAAUGAAAAUCUAUCCUAAACCUCCGGAUCCACCAAUUUCGUAGAUCGAUUUUUCCACUCGUUUUUCCAUGUCUUCACAUUCUCAAACACCUUUCAGAUGAACAACACGUUACUUUUAUUCUAAUCGUAGCACGAUGCUUCAUUAGUGAGUGGUGAACCGGUACUGGAAAAGAUCCCUCGUGAUCCUCCGGUUCACGUGACGUGAGUUUUGUGAUGGAAAAUGUCACGAAUUCGAAGGAAUCGGAUUGGAAAAUUGUUAUCAAUAAUAAAUAAUUGAAGAAAAACGAA